AUGGUCGGCGGUGAAGCAAACAGCUACUACCAGAUGCAGGAUGGCGAUCGCCAAAAGGACUAUCCUAUGCAACCCCAGCAGGCUUACAAUCAGAAUGGCCAAUAUCAGCAACAAAACUAUCAACAGCCCUACCAGAAUGGCCAGGGCUACUCACAGCCUCCUCCUAAUUACGGCCAGAACUUCAACCCUCGCCCUGACAUGAAUGGCUACGACAACAAGCCUACCUUUGAGCAGGCCUUCAAGAUUGACAAGCCCAAGUGGAAUGACUGGUGGGCUGGUCUUCUUUUCCUCGCUGUCUUUGCUGGAUAUGUCGCUGUCUCUGGUAUCGCUCUUCAGGGCUAUGCANNGCAAUUCAUCUGGAUUACUGGUAUCAUUCACAUCAUUGCUGGUUUUGCAACCGCCAUCUACAUGCUGUCAAGAAGAUAUUGGUCAGGCGGAAUCGUCUUNUUGAUCUUCAGUAUCUUCACCGUGGUCUGUUUCAUUUCAUGGAUCCCGAGAAUUCCUUUCAGUGUAGUCAUGCUACAAACAAGCAUUGACGUUUCCAAGAAGUUUGGGCAUGUCUAUAUCGUUUCGCUUGUUGGCGGUAUUCUCGCAACUGCACUCGGUGCUUGGUUCUCGGUCACUUUCGUCGCCGUGUAUGUAAAAUACGAACCAGGCGCAAAUCCAGCCUGUUCAACCGGCGCUGGUGGCUGUUCAAGCGCCAAAGUCAUUGGUCUGCUUGUCUUCAUCACGUUUGCGAUGUAUUGGAUCUCCGAAUUCCUCAAGAACAUGAUUCAUGUUAUCAUCUCUGGAGUUUACGGCUCAUGGUACUUCUGUUCGCACAACCCUCCCAAGAACAUUACCCGAGGAGCCGCUCGCCGCUCUUUGACCUACAGUUUCGGAAGUAUCAGUCUCGGAAGCUUGGUUGUUGCAAUCAUCAACAUGCUCAGACAAGCAUGCAGCAUCGCAAGACAGCAGGAAGCAAAUUCUGGAAACAUCGCUGCCGACAUCGCACUUUGCGUUCUUCAGUGUCUUAUUGGAAUCUUGGACUGGGCUGUCCAGUUCAUCAACGUAAGUGGAAAAAUCAACCGAGACGCAAUAUUUCGAAAUUUCCAAACCGCUCACGAAAGGACANNGAGAUACGCUUUCAGCUAUAUCGCGCUCUACGGCAAAGGCUAUAUUCCUGCCGCCAAGGACACUUGGACAGGUAUCGAUGCGUUAGUCAACGAAUGCCUGAUUGGCCCCGUCUUGACCCAGGGCGCUACGGCCAUCGCUUACCUGUGUGCUCUUUUGGCCUACCUUUACCUGAUCUUCACCUCGCCUGCGUACAACAGCAACGGCGAGUACACACCCGUCGUUGUUGCUUUCGCGUUCUUGAUUGGUCUGCAAAUCGCCAACAUCUUCACCACCCCGCUAAGCAGUGGUAUCGACACUAUAUUCGUUGCUGCAGCUUUCGACCCGCAAGUAAUGAUCACAGAACACCCGGACCUGUACGCCAAGCUGGUGUCCACAUAUCCUCAAGUUCAGCAGGCCAUUCAUGCUUAA